AUGCCGGGGCCGCCCGCGCCGCCGCUGCCGCCGCUGCUGCUGCUGCUGCUGCUGCUGGUCCCCGGGCGGGCGGGCGCCGCGCCGCUUCCGCAAACAGGUGCAGGGGAGGCACCUGUGGCCGAAGUUCCCUCCUCGUUUGUGAUCCUGUCUGUGUGCAGUUUAAUGAUAAUAAUAGUAUUAAUUGUAAACUGUGUUUCCUGCUGUAAAGAUCCAGAAAUCGACUUUAAGGAAUUUGAAGAUAAUUUUGAUGAUGAGCUAGACUUCACACCACCAGCAGAAGACACACCCUCUGUCCAGUCUCCAGCAGAGGUCUUCACGCUCUGCGUACCCAGCAUUUCCCUUCCAGCUCUGUCUCAGUCCCAGCCUUCUGUGGAAGGCUUGAAGUCUCAAGUUGCCCGCCAUAGUCUAAACUAUAUACAGGAGAUUGGAAGUGGCUGGUUUGGAAAGGUCCUCCUUGGAGAGAUUUACACAGGCACCAGUGUGGCAAGAGUAAUCGUAAAGGAGUUAAAAGCAAGUGCAAGCCCAAAGGAACAAGAUAGCUUUCUGAAAAACGGUGAACCCUACUACAUUCUUCAGCAUCCAAACGUCCUUCAGUGUGUGGGGCGGUGUGUAGAGGCUAUUCCUUCCCUCCUAGUACUGGAAUUCUGCGACUUGGGAGACCUGAAGGCUUACCUUCGCAACGAGCAAGAGCACAUGCGCGGCGACUCUCAGACCAUGCUGUUGCAGAGGAUGGCGUGUGAGAUCGCUGCAGGGCUGGCGGCCAUGCACAAGCUCCACUUCCUGCACGGUGACUUAGCCCUGCGGAAUUGUUUUCUUACCUCUGACUUAAAUGUCAAAGUGGGAGAUUAUGGAAUAGGAUUCAGCAGGUACAAGGAGGAUUACAUUGAGACAGACGACAAAAAAAUUGUCCCUCUGCGAUGGACCGCUCCAGAAUUAGUAACCAGCUUUCAAGACAGACUGCUGACUGCAGACCAAACUAAGUACAGUAAUAUCUGGUCUCUGGGCGUGACACUUUGGGAGCUCUUUGAUAAUGCUGCUCAGCCAUACACAAACCUUUCUGACCUGGACGUUCUCAAGCAAGUCAUCAGAGAGAGGGACACCAAGCUCCCGAAGCCCCUGCUUGAGCAGCCGUACUCUGACAGAUGGUAUGAAGUUUUACAGUUCUGUUGGCUGUCACCGGACAAGAGGCCAGCAGCCGAGGACGUGCACAGACUGCUGACCUACCUACGGAUGCAGAGCCAGCGGGACUCGGAGGUGGAUUUUGAGCAGCAGUGGAGUGCUCUCAAGCCAAACACCAGCAGCAGAGAUGCUUCAAGUAAUGCAGCGUUCCCUAUCCUCGACCACUUUGCUAGGGAUCGGCUUGGACGGGAAAUGGAGGAGGUCCUCACGGUCACUGAGACAAGCCAGGGACUGAGCUUUGAAUAUGUCUGGGAGGCCGCCAAGCAUGACCAUUUUGACGAGCGUGACCAGGGCCGCCCAGAUGAAGCCUUACCGUACUCUAGCAUGUUCUUCCCUGUGGAGGUGUUUGAGAACUCGCUUUCAGACCCUGGGCCUGGAAAGCAAGAUGACAGCAGCCAGGAAGCCCCCCUCAGGGCCCCAGGGGUGGUUCCUGUGUUUGAUGCCCACAACCUGUCUGUUGGCAGUGACUACUACAUCCAACUGGAAGAGAAGAGUGGCAGCACCCCGGAGCUGGACUAUCCACCUGCCCUGCUCACGACCGAGAUGGAUGAGCCAGAGAGGGUGGCAGCCGAGACCCCUAAGUCUGCAGCCCUCAAGAAUGUUGAGCUUGAGGAAUCCAGUACAGACGAGGAUUUCUUCCACAGCAACACAGACCCCAAAGAUCCUGGCUCCGUGGAGGACUUGCGUGUUGCCAGUGGCCCACAGAGCCCUUUCAACAAUAUAUUCAGUGACCUCGACAAAGGAGAUGGCUUGCCCAGUCACCAGAAAAUAUUCGACCUCAUGGAACUUAAUGGAGUGCAGUCUGACUUUAAGCCAACCACCUUGAGUCCCAGCCUGGAUGACCACCAAGUCUCUCACCCUGACAAAGAAAAGCCCCACAAGUCUUUUGACCAUGACCCUUUGUACUUACCAGAGGGCCUUUUGCCUCAAGACCACUUUGAUCCACUGAACAUUCAAGAAUUAUCAGAAAACUUUUUAUUUCUCCAAGAGAAAAACUUACUGAAAGGCUCAUUGUCUAGCAAGGAGCAUAUAGACCACCUCCAGACAGAACUCAAGAAUGCUGGCUUUGCCGAAGCUCUGCCAGACACGCUCUGUGGGGGCUCUGUAGAAACUGAGCUUCAUUUCGCCGACCAUACAUCAAGUUCCCCUUUGCCACAGGAGAACAUGUGCACCAGAGGUGAAGAGGCCGAUGUUCCGCCCAGGAAUGGUGCUUGGAGCGUGUCAUCACAGGUGUCCCCAGCAGUGCAGGUACCUCCUACCUCAGUCACAGCAGAAGAAACUCCUAACAGUCCCUCAGACUCACUUCUGAGGCUAGGAGAAACCAAAUCCCCAUGUUGGGAUGUCAGUAUCUCUGAGGACAGAGUCUCCCCAAACCCAGUACCAGAUUCUGUGACUGCCCCAGUUGAAAUUCCCUCUCCCAAUGCCAAAACCCUCGGUGGAGACAAUGGGCCCCUGGACUCCACUUGCCAAAGCAAGGGGACCUUGAAUGUAAUUGAAAAGGACCCCACUCUCGGUGAUGGGCUCACAACUCGGGGUAGUGCACAGAGCAUUCUUCCAGACUUAAGGCAGGAGUUACAGCAUCAGCCACUUUCAGAGGACAUUCACGGUGACAGUGUGCCAGAGAAAAGCUUGGAAGCUGUGGAGACUUUAAAUCAGCUCAGUUAUAAGGAUGCCACAAAAGACACAGGCUUGACGUCUGCUCUCUCUUCAGACUCCACUAGCCAAGACAGCCUCUUAGAAGACAGCUUGUCUACACCCUUCCCUGCCUCGGAGCAGUCUGUGGAGACCCCAGACUCACUGGAUUCAGUGGAUGUUCACGAGGCAUUAUUAGAGUCCCUUGGCUCCCACACCCCGCAGAAACUCCUGCCCCCUGAUAAGCCAGCAGACAGUGGCUAUGAAACUGAGAACCUGGAGUCCCCUGAAUGGACCCUGCACCCUGCCCCCGAGGCCACUGCAGACUUGGACUUGGCUGCAGCCGGGGACAGUGGUCCGAGCAGUUUGCCACCCAACCCAGUCAUUGUCAUCUCAGAUGCCGGCGAUGGGCACAGGGCUGCAGAAGGGCCCCCGCAGACCUUUGCACCUGGCUCCCAGGGCUCCUACCGGGACUCCGCCUAUUUCUCAGAUAAUGACUCCGAGCCGGAGAAGAAGACUGAGGAGGGCCCAGGAACCUCUGCCCCAGCCAUGGUGUUGGCAGAGGACCAUUCCCUGCCUGAGCCAGUCAUCCCAGAGAAAAGCUCUGGUGCCAAAGACAGCUGCCUGCAAACCCAGAAGAGCCAGCCAGGUCAGAGUUGUCUGUCAGCUGUGCAGAAUCCCAGUCCUGUAGAAUUAAAGGGAAUGCAGCAGCCCACACCCCCGGACGUCUCCACACACACGUGCCCUGUGGACUACGAGGCCUGCAGCCCGUUCAGUGUGAUGAACUCAGAACUUAGCAGCGGUGAUGACUUGGAGGUGCUGGAAGAUCGCCCCUGUACCCUUGCCUCCGCAGGGACCAAUACCAAUGAGCUCCUCGCAUACACAAAUGCCACGGUGGGUAAGCCCUGUCACUCUGAGGGCCCCAAGUUGAAGGAGCCAGAUAUUGAAGGGAAAUACCUGGGCAAGCUCGCAGUGUCUGGGAUGCUGGACCUCUCGGAGGACGGGGUGGAUGCGGACGAGGAAGACGAGAACAGUGACGACUCCGACGAGGACCUGCGGGCCUUCAACCUGCACAGCCUCAGCUCCGAGUCAGAAGAUGACACCGAGCACCCUGUGCCCAUCAUCCUCAGCAAGGACGACGGCAGGCAGCUGCGGAGCUUACUGAAGCCUCCCGCAGCCAUGGCCGUCGACCAGCGGCCUGACGGCUACAAGAAGGAGAGGAAAGCAGUGACGUUUUUUGAUGAUGUCACUGUUUACCUGUUUGACCAGGAGACUCCAACCAAAGAGCUGGGCCACUGUGGAGGAGAAGCACGUGACCCCGGGCCCAGCAGCCUAGCACCGCCCUCGGUCUCACCUUACCUGGGCAGGGGCAUGAAUUCUGAAAGUUCCACGGAUGAGGAAGGUGGCGGCUUUGAGUGGGAUGAUGACUUCUCCCCAGGCCCUUUCAUGUCGAAGACAACCAGCAGCCUGCUGGGUUCCAAACCUCCUCUUCACUCCUCCAAAUACUUCUCUCCCCCGCCGCCAGCCCGGAGCGCCGAGCAGAGCUGGCCGCACCCAUCGCCCUGCUCCCGGUUCUCCAUUUCCCCUGCCAACAUCGCCAGCUUCUCUCUCACACAUCUCACCGACUCAGACAUGGAGCAAGGAGGCAGCAGCGAGGAUGGGGAAAAGGACUAGGCGACCUCGGACACAGCCUCCUGCCUGGAGUACUGGUCCUGCGCAUCAGCAGAGCCGAGACGUGCACGGACUCCAUGUUGGCUGACAUGACACCGCAAGAAGGCUCAGGUGAUGGGGAUCCUGGCCGCCGCAAGCAGCUUGCUUCCCUCUGCAGCACACACAGGCGCGCUGGGCUGGCUGGGCGGUCAAGGUGGCCGUGCCGCCACGCUGCUUCCACAGGAGCGCAAGGAGAAGUGCAUCCCAAGGUGUGGCCUUCUGCAUGGGUGUCCUCCCCAUCACGCCUGGGCCUCCAGCCUGGGCACUGGUACCACGGGAGGUGCCAGGAGAAUGGUCACAAGUGAGCCAUAUCUACUGUCUUUAAAGACCCUCUAACCGCUCUUGUGACUGCAUUGUGGAUGUGUUCUAAGAGCCCCGAUGUACAGAGUGAGAUAUUCAAGGAAAGCAGCGGGUCGAGCAGGUUGCUGUUCCCUCGUUUGCUCUCGGCACGGUGCUGGAAUGAGGCCGCUGUUUGGAGAGCUCGGCCAUCUUCAGACUUGGGAAGCAGGCGUGUGUGAGGAUACUCAGCCUGGCUGCCAGUGUUUUUGAUGAGUCCAAAAAUACUGCUCUGUGUCAUUGUUCAAAUCAAACACAUUUUGUCUCCUAGAAGGUGGGUCUUACAGCCCACCCUGCCCCCCACUUUUUAGCCCCUUUGGGCAAAGUCUAGUUGGAGAUGUACCCACACUCAGCUCCCAGUUGCAGCCUAUGGUCCAUGUUCUGGUGUGGCAGUGAGGCCUGUCACAGGCAGAGCAUGGCUGCCACCCCACGUCCUUCCACGAAGGCUGUGACUCUUCUUGUCUGAAGAAGGCAGGGACCCUGAGGUACAUGCAUCCCCACACAGGGCUCUGGGUGCAGGGCGGUUUGUUCUCUUCAGAUGUUGCUGAGAAGUUCUUUAGACACUUCUGUAGGUAGGUCUUCCCCUGGGAGCCACUGCAGGUCACCAGGAGACGCGCUGCCCUCUGCAGCUGCCGGGAGGACAGCAGAGCCCGCAGCCCAUCAUUGUCUGCUUGUCCUGGGUGGUCGUCGCGGCCACGGGCCGCUCGUCUGCAUUAAGCACUGAGUUCUCCUCUGCCCCGCAAGGGACCAGGCAUCUCCAGUACAGCAGCAGCAAGUCACUGGCAGGAAUCUGCUGUCCCCAGCACAAAGCUGACCUCACCCUAUCCUCCUCAAGUCCCCCUCUGACAUAAGGAAGUGUUGGUGGCUAGUAAACCUUGGCAAGGCCAUGCCAAGUGAGCGCUGUGCCUGCUGGGGUGGCUCCCCUCACACCAGCUCCUCUCACCCCACAUGCUAUCCGGUGCUCACCUGCUUUCCAGACCCCGGCAUGGCACUGGGGUGAGUCUCCGGGCCACAGCUGGGGCCACGUGAUGUCAGUGGGGGAGGACUGUGGACCUUUGUGCACCGUGCAGAUGGGGGUGUUGGCUAGAGUUUACGUAGGAGAUUACGACCUUCAUUCUCAUCUCUGAUUCACUCCACGGAUUCUUACACUGAGCAAUAACUUUCCAAAGCAAGAAAAUUCAGAGUGAAGAGAGUUCCUUUAUUCUCCGCUUGCUGCAGACUGAGAGCGCUCCUGAGCCAUGCGGAAAGCACUGAGUCUUGUGACAUGUGCAUUAAAAACAGGGCAUUUGAAAGUGAUUUUGCCAAAAGAGUCAUAAUCCUCAAUUUUACUGUGGAGGCUUCUAGUGUUUUUUUCUUUUUAAUUUUUUACCUCUAGCUACCAAUCUUAGCUGAGAGAAAUGAGAAAUGAUUGUAUUAGUUCCCUCAAAUUAUAGGCCUAAGGAGUGCAGAUUUAAGACUAAAAGUCAAGCAGAUCCAUAGACUAUAUAUACAUAUACAUAUAUAUAUAUAUAUACAUAUAUAUAUAUAUGCACACACACAUAACGUGUGUGUGCAUGUGUGUGUGUAUCCUCCUUAUGCAGUCAGCCCAGGAUAUCUUUAAUAAUAUUUUGGGGCUGUGCAUUCUUCAACAUGUUAGGAGACUUUGACAACAUAGUUCCCAUUUUUAUUUAAGUCUGACACAUUGAGGUAGGGUGGGGUGGGUAGAGAUUACUGUGGCACUGCAUGGAAGGGAAGAUUUUAUAUUUCUGAUAAACACGUGAGUCAACACAUUCUUUUAAAAUCUCAAGCAAUACAAAGAAAUUUAAGUAGAUUAAAAAGUUCAGCCCAUUUUUGAAAUGUUAGCAUGUGUUUUUUGUCCAAUUAAGGUUUUUUUUAUUAUUAUUGAUAGGUUGGUUACCAGUACUGGGUGUUCCAAAUGCAUUUGUUGUAAUAAUUUAUGCCAUGAAAUAAAGUCAGUGGCUUCUGUGGCUGACUCGGGGAGAUCUCUGUGGUGUGUUCUAGCCUCUUGUGGUGCCUGUCCCUGGCCUGCCCGGCCGUGGCCUGACUUUACUGGGGUCGUGUGUUCUUAAGUCCUCUAAUGCAGACCUUCAUCUCCUCCCUAGCUAGAUGCUGAUUGGUGUUGUCAAAUGACCCUGUCAUAAGCCAUAAGGAGGAACGUAAAGAUACUGCCCAGCCCCCACCAGUCCUGAGACUCGGACCCCACGUCUGGGUCAGAGGCCUCAUCUUAAGGGUGAAACUGAAAAGAAUACCCUUGCUAUUUUUAAAUGUACAGGCCGGCUGUUUUGUAUGGAGAUGGGUUUAUCUAAGGAAAGGGUUUGUAUAAAAGUCUCGCUGCCAUAAACUGCCUUUCAGAGCCUCUUCCUUUCUCCAUAUUUCUAUAGAGUAUUUGUAGCAUUCGUGAGCUAUUGCGUGUCUGUCCCAGAAGGUGGCGGAGGGGUCGGGCGGCUCCUUUUCUCCUCUUUGGCCCAUCACCUGAGCAUUGAGGUGUCAUGCUCCUUAAGUUGGGUUUCCAGAAGUCACCUCCAAGUCAGAAUGAGCAGACACGGUUCCUUCAGACUCCAACCUCAAUAUUCUUAAUUAGAGAUGGGGUUGGGCCAGUCACGACUUAGCAUAUAAGUAAGUUGUCAAAGUUGUGUUGACAGUAUUGCAUCAGCUCAGAGGGCUGAAGCUUGCCACAGGCAAAGCCGGGCCUUCGUACUGGCACUGGUGUGUGUGCGCUGUUUCGUCCCCUCUGCUCCCCAGCUCUCCCUCCUCCCAGGUGGUUCUUCAGAGGCGGAAGAGGCUCACGGCAAUAUGAACAGUUAAUGAACUUUCAGUUUAAAUUGUGUACAUUUUUAAAUUGUAAGAUUUUUACUGUAUAUUGAUGCAUAGUGUGAUUCAAUAAAUUGCUUGUAAUUUAAAAACUAUUUAAUAUUCAAAAUAAAUAUAGUUAUAUAUUUAUAAACGG